AUGACUGGAAAGCACUUGGCUUUGAUCCUGCCUCAAAGGCAGUCUCCUUUCGUUAUUGGCGCUCGUGAAACCAACGAGCCAGGACCGGGCGAAAUCCUCGUCCGAAUCCGUUCUACAGCUCUGAAUCCUAGCGAUGCUAAGGCUCAGAAACGUGGAAUCUACGUCACCAAGUUCCCCGCUGUCCUUGGGAGCGACGGUUCAGGCGUCGUUGAAAAAGUCGGGGAAGGGGUGACACGAUUCGACCCUGGGGAUGAUGUCUUCUUCCACGGGGCUUAUGAUGACAAUGAUUUGUCAACAUUCCAACAGUAUGCCAUUGCCGUCGUCGACUUCGCUGCGAAGAUUCCGGACAGUCUGUCUUACGAUCAAGCGGCAGCCCUGCCACUAGGCAUUGCAACAGCAAGCAUUGGGCUGUAUGGGAAGGCGAACGGCCUGGGCCUCGUGCCCCUGUGGAAGCAUGGCGGACUUGGAAAGUAUAGAGGCAUGCCUAUUAUGAUAUUCGGCGGCGCAGGCUCAGUCGGCAACUAUGUGAUACAACUGGCAAGAAUGUCCGGCUUUUGCCCUAUUAUCACGACGGCGUCGCUUAAACACACGAACUAUCUGAAGGAUCUCGGCGCUACGCAUGUCAUCGAUCGAUAUCUCCCGUUUCCUGCACUGAAGCAGGCUGUGGAGCGGAUAACCAAUGCUCCAAUAAACGUGAUAUACGACACAGUUUCCAUUCGCGAAACACAGGAAGCGGCAUGGCAACUACUUGGUCCCCAGGGAAGACUCGUGGUGACAUUGCCCUCUGUGAUCGACGACCGACACAGAGUGAUUCACACCAAUGGGAACCCACACACGGAAGAGAACUGGGAAACGGGCAGGCAGCUUUGGUUGCACUUGUCUAAGUGGCUCGAAAAGGGCGAGAUUGUGCCCAAUCACGUUGAAACAGUACCCGGGGGUCUCAAGGGGAUAGGUGCAGCGUUGGAGCGGUUUGAAGGAGGUCAAACUGAUGGUGUUAAGUUGGUAGCACGCCCACCAGAAACUGAAAGGUAG